AUGCCUUCCACCAAUAAGAACAACACCCGCGUCUCCAAGAAGCAGUCUUCCUCCGCCAGUGCCGGCACGGGCAGGAUGACUCGCCAGAAGUCUAAGCUUGCGGCUGCUGCUGCGAAUGAGGUUGGGUUGCUGGGUGCGGGUGAUACGAAGGUUGCUUCGGGCAAGAGGGGCAAGAAGAAGCAAAUCAAGGACAGCAAGAAGAAGACGACGGGCACAGGCACUACUCCGGUCAAGGAUGGCAGCAAGACGGCGGGCACCAGCUCUGCGCAAGCCGCGGGCACACCUCGUCAAGACCGCAAGCGCAAGCGUCAAGACGAAGAAGAAUCGCAGGAGAGUCAAGAAUACUUCGAUGCGCAGUCUCAGCCCACCUACGAAGGCAAAGGCAAAGGGCGUGCCGUCGACGUCGACGACAAACCACCCAAAGAGCGCCACAUCUUCCGCAUGAUGGACCUCCCGCUCGAGCUGAGAGAAGAGAUCUACCGCGCCUGUCUCACCCGGCCGUACAAGAUUUUGCUCUCGAAGCCCGAGCCCACGCCGAAUGCAGACAAGGUCAAGGCUGAGAAGAAGGCGAAUAAGCGGCGGCGUCUUAAUCGUGGUGGUAGCGGUAAUGAUGAUGGCGGUCCGGUCUACGUCAGCACGGCACCGCACCUCGUCAGCGUCGUCACGCGCCCAACUCGCAGCAACACUCGUCCUACCGUUUUAGCAACCUCCAGGCGCGGCGUCCGCAUGUCCUUCGGCCUCUCUUCUGACGAAAGUGACAUCUACCAAGACGGCGCCGCCACCACACUAGCCGUCCGCAACUACGCCGCCCCCGACGACCCGCUCGUCAUUAACCUCCUCCGCGUGAGCAGAGACAUCUACGAAGAAGCGCGCGACGUCAUGUACAAAGAGAACGUCUUCGACCUCGCCCUUCCCACCGGCGUGCACACGCUCGCAGGCCUCCACCAGCGCUCGCGCCGCCUCAUCAAGCACGUCGAGCUCGAGAUCCCGACCUACACCGAGAUCCUCGAGCGCUUCUCCGAGAUCGUGCGCCUGUCGCUCCGCUACUGCUCGGGACUCAAGACGCUCACCAUCCACACGCCCUUCAAGCUCCCCGGCACCGACGGCAACGGCGGCCACGUGACCAACAGCAUCGCGAACAACAGCACCGUGUACGCCAACGGCUUCGACAUCCUGCGCUGGCUGCCGCAGCAGUGCGCGGUGGUGCUCGCGGGGCAGCGCAACGGCGAGAUCGAGACGGUGGUGGCGAAGCAUUUGAGCCUGGCGGGCACGCAGGACAAGGUGAGCUAUCAUUACUAUCAGACGUACCCGGGUUCCAUGAGGAUGCUGGGCGGUGACUGA